AUGGCUGGACCAGGAAAGCGAGGCCAAAUGCUGCAGAGAAAAGCUCAAGGUGCACAACAGCCUGCAAUACCUAAUUCAGUUGGAAGCAAUCAACCAAGAAGUGCAUCCAAGAGUGUAUCCUCAGAGGAUGCAAUAUAUGUCACUCCAACUUCUUCACCUAGAGAAAUUGCUAGUGAGAGUAGGAUGAUACACCAUCAGACAUCUGAGUCUCGUGCAUCCGGAGAAAAUGAGACAAAUCCAGUUUCGGAUGAGCAAGAAAAUGCUAUGCUGCUGUCAGCAAGAAGAAGAGGACGUACACGAAAUCUAUCAUUAUCAAAAAAAAGGGAGGCUAAUGAGACGCUCACCAUUGAAAUUGAUGAUUGUAUUCGGCGGAUUGUUGGGAAGGAUUCUCAAUACUUCAUCACAGAAGGGGGUUGUGUUGUUAGGAAGGCUGCUAGGCUUAAUGUUCCAAAGUGGUCCCAUCUCAAUCCCGGUGACCGAGAAGGCAUAUACAGCACGGUUACGGAUGACUUUCGAUUUCCAGAGCACAUCACCUCAAAAACUGCUAUUAAUAGGCAGUUAAACACACAAUAUCGAAACCAUCGAUAUCGGCUUCACAAGUAUUUCCAGAGUUUUGAAUCAAGGCAAGAAGCAUUGAGGCAAGUUCCUGAAGGUGUGAGUGAAGAAGAUUGGAAGUGGCUGGUCAGCUACUUUGAAAAUGAUGAAUUUAAGAAAAGGAAAGAAGAUGUCGAGCUUUCAGAGAUAGACAUGUUUGAGUUAAGUCGAAAGUCAAAGAAGUCAGGGGGGCUGGUAAAUGACAAAGCAAAAGAGACCUUGGACAAAAUGAGGGAAUUGCAGGCUACAACUUCAAUGACUAGCAAGGAAAUAUGCGAGCAAGAACUUGGUUACAUACCUGGACACAUCCGCGGUCGUAGUGCAACCAAGAAGCAAGCUGCUGAGGUAGAACGCUGGAGGCAUGAGAUUGAGGACAGCCGAAAAAGAGCAGAUGAAGCAGAAAAAUGA